AUGAGAUUUCAACAGUUAGCUCUCUUCGGCUUAAUUGCUCUGGCAGCUGCGGUUCCUCUUUCUGCGAAGGACAACCGCGCCAAGCUUGCAUCGGAAGCCCCCCUUUCUCGUAAGAAUGAGUAUAGAGAUAUCUCCGCUCGUGCCACUAUUCCUGGUCUCAGGGGCGAAACAGUCAACUUGAUUCUUCGCGGUGAAACAGCUACAAACGGUACUAGGCAUGGCAAAGGUGGCGAGGGUGGCAAGGAGGGCGGAGAAGAUGGAGAUGGCGAAGACAAUGAAGAAAGUGAGGAUGAGGGUGACGAUGGUGAGGAAGGCAAGAACAAGGAGGGCGAGGAGGGUGGUGAGAGUGGUGAGAGUGGUGAUGGUGAGGAAGGUGAGGAGGGUCAUAAGGGUCCGCACGGAGGCAAGCAUGGCCAGGAAAGCCAACACGGUCAGGGAGGCCAACACGGUCAGGGAGGCCAACACAGUCAGGGAGGCCAACACGGUCAGGAAGGACAUGAUAGCAAUGGCCAAGCCGCUAAAUGA